UAGCAAAGAUGCUGGUAGACUCCUGCUAAUUAUAGACCCCUGGUUGAGCAAACAGGCUGAAAACUGAGAAAGAAGCCACACUUCUUGGUCCUCGGCAUUGCCUAAAGGUCACUGAGCCCUAUAUAGAUGCUGACGGUCACUGAACUCCCUCACUGAAAGUGCUUCUGUGUUUCCAUUGCUAAAAAGAUGGUUUCAACUUCUCCUCCUCCAAAGCAACAGGAAGCUCUUUCAGACCACAAAUGGAAGGAGGAGACAGACACCACGCGCGGAGCCAAAUGGUGGUACUCCACCUUCCACACCGUCACCGCCAUGAUAGGCGCCGGUGUCCUCAGCCUACCAUAUGCCAUGGCCUACUUAGGAUGGGGUCCAGGGACAAUGGUACUAGCAGUAUCUUGGUGCAUGACCUUGAACACAAUGUGGCAGAUGAUACAACUCCACGAAUGUGUUCCAGGGGUUCGCUUUGAUCGAUACGUAGACCUCAGUCGCCAUGCCUUCGGUCCUAAGCUAGGGCCAUGGAUCGUGCUUCCUCAGCAGUUAAUUGUCCAAGUUGGGUGUGACAUAGUGUACAUGGUCACUGGAGGAAAGUGUCUCAAGCAGUUUAUGGAGAUGGCAUGUACCAGUUGCACACCGAUCAAGCAAUCCUACUGGAUUUUGAUGUUUGGUUCCAUUCAUUUCUUCCUUUCUCAGCUUCCCAAUUUCAACUCUGUCGCUGGUGUUUCUCUAGCAGCAGCCAUCAUGUCACUAAGUUAUUCAACAAUUGCUUGGGCUGGUUGCUUAAGCAGAGGCCCGGUCGAUGAUGUUAGCUAUGCAUACAAGAAAACUAGCUCAGUUGAUUACAUGUUCCGGGUGUUCAAUUCACUUGGCCAAAUCUCCUUUGCAUUUGCUGGACAUGCUGUGGCUCUUGAAAUUCAGGCAACAAUGCCAUCAACUCCAGAGCGGCCUUCAAGAAUACCCAUGUGGAAAGGCGCCAUCGGAGCUUAUAUUAUUAAUGCAAUCUGCUAUUUUCCGGUUGCCCUCAUCGGUUACUGGGCUUUUGGGCAAGAUGUUGCUGAUAAUGUUCUAGUCGACCUCAAGAGACCUUCUUGGCUUAUUGCAUCUGCAAAUUUAAUGGUUGUUAUCCAUGUUAUUGGCAGCUAUCAGGUUUUUGCCAUGCCGGUUUUUGACUUGUUAGAGAGGAUGAUGAUGAAAAAAUUGAACUUCCCACCUGGAUUGGUACUUAGAUUAGUUGCUAGAUCAGCUUAUGUUGCAUUCACAUUGUUUGCUGGAGUCACCUUCCCUUUCUUUGGAGACCUUCUUGGUUUCUUCGGCGGAUUUGGUUUUGCCCCGACUUCAUACUUUCUUCCUAGUAUAAUGUGGCUGGUUAUUAAGAAACCAAAGAGAUUCAGCACCAACUGGUUCAUCAACUGGGCUUCCAUAUUCGUUGGAGUAUUCAUUAUGUUGGCCUCCACCAUUGGUGGUUUGAGGAACAUCGUCACUGACGCAUCGACAUAUCGUUUCUACACUUAAAUUAUAAUCAAAUUAUGUCACUGAUUGGACCAAAGUCAAAUACAAUCAAACUAGUUCUUAGUUAGACUAAGGACUUAGUUAUUUGAUGCUGCCAUUCUUGAAUUGUGUUGAUUCUGCCAAACACCAAGCUACCAAGUAGUUCGUCCAUCAUUUUCUUCUUCUUCUUCUUCUAUUUCAAUUCCAGUUGGCAACUUAUGGGUUUGCUCGAACAAAAUCUAAUAAAACGAUUAUCAAACGGCUCUCAGAAAUGCACAAGUGCCAUGAAUA